AUGUCUAGUCCGACUAAAAAGCGCAAGAUAAAUGCCAAUUCAUCGCCACCGGCACGCAGCAUUAAAUCAUUCUUCCAGGGACAAGCAAGCAGCCAGCCCAGUAAUAAAGAGCCCGACGUCACCGAACAGACUCUCUCGGAUGAAGCUCUCGCGCGUAAGCUCCAGGCAGAAUGGAACGAGCAGGAAGAUGCUACUUCCGUCGCUCAAGACGCAUCAGCGGGCCCAAGCAUCGACACAGCUCAAUCAGCUCAAUUCGUUCCCAUACCGUCUGAUGCCCCGGCAGCUCCAGUAACCCUGGAAAAGGAAAAGAACACACUUUCGCUUCAAUCGGCGACUGGCGCAGAUGAUACAAUAUCCCUCAGUAUCCCCUUGGACCAAAGCCCUCAAACCUUUGAUGCAAGUCGGUGGGCCACGGAAUUGGCGUCCCACUGGGCCACCCAAGGAGGGGAUGCUUCCUAUGCUCUGUUGACCAGAGCAUUCGUCCUGGCGAAUGCGACGACAAGCCGAAUCAAAAUUGUCGACACGCUAGUCAAUUUACUUCGAAUAUUGAUCCAAGGGGACCCUUCAAGUGUCCUGCCUGCGGUGUGGCUAGCAACCAAUUCCAUAUCGCCACCUUACGAUGAGAUAGAGCUAGGCCUAGGGGGGUCUUCAAUCUCAAAGGCACUCAAGAAGAUCUACGGUCUCGACAAUGCAGGACUCAAGACGCUCUACAAUAAACACGGCGAUGCAGGAGACGUUGCAUUCGAGGCCAAAAAACGCCAAUCCUUCACUUUAGUCAAGCCAAAGCCCUUAAAGAUCAAAGGCGUCUACCAAUCACUGACAAAGAUCGCCACGAGUAAAGGAACCGGUAGCCAGGAGACCAAGCAGAGGAUUGUCGAAAAGCUUUUGCAAGAUGCACGUGGUGCAGAAGAGAGUCGAUAUAUUGUACGGACACUGGUUCAAAACCUACGAAUCGGCGCUGUGAAGACAACGAUGCUCAUUGCUCUCGCCCGAGCCGUUCUCUACUCCAGACCGGAGGGGGCGAGCUUCGAAGUCCGACCGCCACACGAAUUGGCCCGGCUGAAGAAGGACGAACUGACUGAACUUUACACCAACGCGGAAGAAAUCGUCAAGGCAUCUUACGCUCGACAUCCAGACUAUAAUGACCUAGUCCCUUGUCUCCUGGAGAUUGGGCCUACAGACGAGCUGUUGAUUAGGUGUGGCCUGUCCAUGCAUAUCCCAUUGAGGCCGAUGCUGGGUAGCAUCACCCGCGAUCUGUCUGACAUGUUGACCAAGCUCCAGGGAAGGGCGUUCAGCUGUGAGUACAAGUACGAUGGGCAACGAGCACAGGUUCACUGCGACGAGCAAGGGAAGGUGUCUAUCUUCUCACGUCACCUUGAGACGAUGACAGAGAAGUACCCCGAUCUCGUAUCGCUUGUCCCAGAAAUUCGGGGAGAGGGCGUGUCCAGCUUCAUUCUUGAGGGCGAGGUGGUUGCCGUAGACCGCGAGAAUGGGGACCUGCAACCAUUCCAGACAUUGACGAAUCGCGCCAAGAAAAACGUGGAAAUAGGGGAGAUCAAGGUCAACGUGUGUCUGUUCGCCUUUGAUCUUAUGUACCUCAAUGGCGAAGCUCUAUUGGAACGUCCGUUCCGAGAACGCCGCGAAUUGCUUCGCAGUCUUUUCGUGGAGAUCCCCCGGCAUUUUACCUGGGUGAAGAGCAUAGAUGCACAAUCCAGCGAUUCUGAGGCUGUGCUUGAGUUUUUCAAGUCUGCCACCGACGUUAAAUGUGAAGGUAUCAUGGUCAAGGUGCUGGACAAUGAAAUCAAGAAUGACACUCAACUCACCAAGGACGAAAUUGAACAACCUCCCGAAGCCGCAAGCGCAAAAUCGAGUGCAAAAACCAAAGAAAAAGGCACCAGGCGCAAAGCGCUUCUCUCAACCUAUGAGCCCGACAAACGGCUCGAGUCUUGGCUCAAGGUGAAGAAAGACUACAGCACCUCCUCAGAGACCCUUGACCUAAUUCCCGUCGCCGGCUGGCAUGGUCAAGGCCGCAAAGCGAAGUGGUGGUCACCCAUUCUUCUAGCCGUCCGGAACCCCGAGACCGGGAGCCUCGAAGCCGUCACGAAAUGCAUGUCCGGAUUCACGGACAAAUUCUACCAAAGCAACAAAGACCGGUAUGCAGAAGGCAGCACGAACGUGAUCUCUCGGCCCAGCUACGUGGAAUACCACGGCUCCCCGGACGUGUGGUUCGAGCCACAAGAGGUGUGGGAAAUGGCCUUUGCAGAUAUUACGCUCAGUCCGACGUAUCCCGCUGCCAUCGGCCUUGUGAGCGAGGAACGUGGACUGAGUCUGCGAUUCCCCCGUUUUCUCAAGGUUCGCGAGGAUAAAUCGAUCGACGAGGCCACCACGUCGGAUUAUCUAGCGCUGCUUUGGCGAAAACAGAUGGAACGCGCAGUGGAUGGGAAGGAGGCAAACCAGGAUCCAGAACAGGAUGAAGAGGAUGAGCCGGAAUAG